ACACAGAUCCCACAGAUAUCCAGCAGAGAGCAGCAUACUGAAAAUGAUACCGCAUUGUGACACUUUGCUGACGAACUCGUGAAAGUCUGUUGGUUGCUGUCAGUCAGGAAAUAUGAGCUUCAUUGUCAAGGUCAACCAAAAUGCUACAAAAUAAAUUUAAGACCAACUUGCACCCUUCAUGGAUUUUCACUCUGUAUUGAAUAUGCUGGAAAUCCAAAGCGCGCACACAAAUUGGUGGAGGAACUCAGCAGGUCAGGCAGCAUCCAUGGAAAGGAAUAAAGAGUCGACACUUCUGCCGCCCUGAUGAAGGGUCUCAGCCUGAAACAUCGAAAAUGCCCUGCAAAUCAGACAGCAACUGCGGAGAGGGAAAUAUGGUUUCAGGUUGAUUAUCUUCCAUCAUAAGGCGACACUGUAUUAUGCUGCUGCCAUAAAACGCUCAUUUUCGUGGCAUUUAUUCCCAUGAUGAUAAUGAACUUGUUUCUUCUGCACCUUCUGAUUGGCCAGUCAGAGCGACAGGACUCAUGAUUCCUGGUUGCAAUGCAUGUCGGAGGUUGUAGUUCUCCGUAGAUCACCAAUCUUGGUUUCCUUGCACCCAUAGUCCCUGGGACCCAUGUUGCUCGGUCUCCUUCUCCAGGGACGCCGGUGAAAGGCUUGAUCUUUUGACCGGAGAGGUUGGGGUGUGGGAAACUCACGAAGGAUAAGCGCUCCGAUGGUUUUGAUUGUCAGUUUCUUACAGAUUAUCUACCACAAUGGAUAAGUAUGAUGUUAUCAGGCAGAUUGGUGAAGGAGCAUUUGGAAAAGCUUUCUUGGUUAAAGCCAAAGGUGACAGCACACGGGUUGUGAUAAAACAGAUUAAAAUGGCAAAGAUGUGCCAGAAAGAAAGAGAAGCUUCUUUUAAAGAAGUGAUGCUUAUGGAAAAAAUGAAGCAUCCUAACAUUGUUACAUUUCUGGAUUCAUUUGAAGAGAGACAAAAUCUAUACAUAGUAAUGGAGUACUGUGAUGGUGGUGACCUGAUGCACAGAGUCAAUAUGCAACAAGGUGUUUGGUUUGAAGAGGACCAGGUCUUGGACUGGUUUGUACAAAUCUGCUUGGGACUGAAGCACAUUCAUGAUAGGAAGAUCCUGCACCGGGACAUUAAAACACAGAACAUUUUUCUUUGUAAUAAUGGAAAAACUGCAAAACUAGGAGACUUUGGAAUAGCACGUAUGUUGAACAAUACCAUGGAGUUAGCACAUACAUGCAUAGGAACACCAUACUAUUUAUCUCCUGAAAUAUGUGAAAAUCAACCAUACAAUAACAAAACUGAUAUUUGGUCUCUUGGAUGUGUCCUAUACGAGUUAUCCACCCUGAGCCAUCCAUUUGAGGGCAGUAAUUUGCAUCAGUUAGUGGUGAAGAUCUGCAAAGGUCACUAUGGGCCAAUACAUCCCAGAUACACUUACGACAUGCGGAUCUUGUUGGCUCAGCUAUUUAAAGUUAAUCCCCGUGACAGACCAUCUAUCAAUUCAAUAUUAAAAAAGCCAUUCUUAGAAAAGCGUAUCAGAAAAUACCUAAGCCCUGAGCUGUUAAAAGAAGAAUUCAGCCAUACGGUCAUUCACGGAAAGAAGUCUUCAUCACCCAGACCUCCUAAGGCUACCCCAAGACCAGCUCCAAAGAUACAGAAAGGUAAAUGUGAUGUGAAGAAACCAGUAAAGGAAUGUGUGAAUAAGAAACUGCUACCAGCUCAUUGUGGAUGGAAGCCAUUAGGAUUGGUUAACAGACCAAAUAUCAAGCAAUUUAACCACCUAUCACCUGUGAAACCACAGUCUCCCAAGUUUGAUGGACGAUACGGACAUUAUCAUGGUUAUCUAGAUUACUUGGAGAACAGACGAAAGGAACACGUAGCUUCACCUGUGUCCAAUUUCAAUUGUUUAAUUGAAGAUCAUGGACAGAGAGUGAAUCAUGAUGCAAUCCAAUGGCCACAUGUGGCACACGAACAAUACAUUCAAAGGAAAAUGGAAGCACAACAAUAUAAGAUUAAAGCAGAGAAACAAUUGGGUAUACGGCCACUGUCAUCAGACCCUUCUGGUCAUCGAAAACAGUAUCCCGAUGUACAGGCUAGACAGCAUCCUGAGGAGAAAGGAAAGAAAAAAGGAGCAAAUGACGAGGAAUACUGUCAGCAACUUAAGGAAAUAAGGCAACAGUAUCAGUAUGAGGUGAAAGAAAUUAAAGAAAAAAUAGAAGAAAAGGAGGUUAUUGAGGAAGAACUGAAACACAUAAGAUUUCAUCAUCCAUUGGAAAGUGAAGUAGUAGAACAAGAACACAAGGGUGGUAUAAAGUUUGAAAUACGGCUGGAUGGAGAAUUGUAUCAUGAAGAUUCCCAGCAAAAGGAGGAAUUGGAUCUUUUAAAUAAGAGACUGACCCACGAGGAAGGCAACAACCUCAAACAGAAGAAAUGGCAGUUCAUCGAGGCAGGAAGUUUUAUGCAUAACCUAGCAAGUAAAACUUUGGAAGUAACAGCUUCUCACAUGGAAGUUACUUCUGCAGUUGACCAGGUGGUUGUGAUAGAAGCAGAUGUUUCAAGAAACAGAAAUCAUUGGGAACUGAAACGACCAGAUACCCUGCUGAAUGCACUAAUGGCUGCUGAACUGUCUUCAGGUGGUCUAACUGUUUCUGCAGACCACACUGAUGGUAAAUCAACUCCGUUGAGACCAACAGAGGAGAACUGUGAUUCUGAAUCAAAUUCUCUGUCUGGCAUUGAAGUAGAUAAUGAACGACUGGAGCCCAGAUCUGAUGAUGACGACACAAAUUUUGAAGAAUCAGAAGAUGAACUCACAGAACAGCUGGUGGAGUCCUUGCAAGAACUAAUUGCUCAACCAGCGGAAGCUCGUAAUCAUGAAGGGAAAGGAGCCAGUCAAAGUGCACAUGGUGCACGGGGAGAGGAGAGUGAGGAUUACACGGAAAUGAAUGUCUUCAAUACUGAAAGCAAGCUGGUACAAUGCUGUGAUCAAAACAAAAUGCCUGUACCUGAUUCAGUUAAGAUUGCACAGAACAAAAUGCAACUUCCUGAGAAUAAUGUUUAUGGGUAGUCAUAUACUCUUACAGCCAAUGAACUAGAAUGUCAUUCCAAACAUCCCAAGUCUAGAAUUGAUUAUUUUAAACAAACACUAAUUCCUCAAGCUGUUAUUUGCAUAUUUUCUAUUUGACUUUCACUUGCAGUAACCAACUGACAGACCACUUCCAAUCUGUAUCCAAUGAAUAUAUAAUUAUUUUAUGUUUCUCCCCAGCGAGUAAACGUGUGUAUGUUCAUACCUGGAAAAAAUGAGCAAAGAUGUCACCUUAGCAGAAACAGUUGUAGGUCUGCUUGCCUACUCAUCCCAUGGAAUUUCCUUAUUUAGUCUCAACAUUUGUUUUUAGAAAACAUGGCAUUGAGCCUGUUUAUGAAGAUUUUAUAAUAGAUUUGAUCGGCACCUUUAAAGGAUUAUUAAAUUUAAUGCCAGUUAUAGAACAGUUAAUCAUAAUCUGACUGAUGGAAGCAUCUUCUGGUGUAUGAUUGCACGAUUCAGCGGUGUGGUACUGCUGUCACUGCAACUACACAUCUUGCACCCAUUGCCAUCAACUCUUAACAGUCCUCUUCUCACAAUUAUUCAUUUUUAAAAACUGUUUUCUUGUUCUUGCCCACCACACACACUGUGAGUUAUGGAUCCAGUGUCAUCUGCAGGAGUAAGCAGUGGCAGAAGCAGCUAUUUUUGGCAACACUGCCAGAGGUGAUCAAUGAACAGAGCUUGCUGGAGUAAACUCCCAGUGUCACACCAGGGACACGUACUGUGUCAUGUGGCACCACAAUUAUGCUCAUUGGGAUACAAUAGGAACGGUUCUGAGCACUCAAACUAGGCAUACAAGAAGUGCUGUGGAGCAGCACAGAUGAUCUAAACAGAUUGAUAAGUUAUCCUGGCUUUGCCAGCAAACAUACAAAAAAUAAAUUUAAAGUUCAAACUUUGAGCUUUAAAAAAUUAAGUAUUUCUGAAACAAUAGAAUACAGCAAAUAUUCAAGAUAUUUUAGCUGCUUUUUCCUCCAAAAUGCAAGGGGGUAAAUAAGAGAUUCCCACCACACCACCAACAUGGGCAGUCAGCUGCUCCCCAGUCAGUGUAAUUCAGAUUGCAAUAACUUACAGGCCCUACUGGCUGAAUAUACAGUGGAUUCAGGUUAAUUGCACCAUCAGUUAAUGGGGGCAGCCGGUUAUUCGGGACAAAUCUUAACAAAAAUAGAGAAAAUAGCUGGAUUUUAAAAAUUUAUUUGGGGCGCUUUUCCAGUUAGUUGGGACAGGAGACUGUUGCCAAACAGUUUCUAACUAGCAUUAGUCACGUGCACUUGCAUGGCCAUUAGACACUACACCAUGCUUCAAGUGAACAGUGUAUAAAUAAUGCCAGUUGCAUGUACAAACAAUAGUGAUUUUUGUCACUGAUAGUGGGUGAGAAAUAAGUCGUAAGACAAUUCAGAACUGUUUUCGUCACUGUGGUUUCAAGCAUCCAAGCAUGGAGAUGCCAGAAAUAGCUGGGAGUGAAAGUAAAAUUAUUUCACUACUUCAGCAAGUUAGGAACUAUGAAGAAUUUCAAGGUAUUGACAAUCAUCUUGAAUGUUUCAAUGAAAUUGAGGAUUUGGAGGAUGGAAUCAUUAAAAACAUUGAAUAAAGGUACUCCAUUAUCUGCACUUUGUCCACACUGAUAUUGUUCAUUUACAGUCAAUCAAAAGAACACAGUGUACACUGGGUGAAUUCCUCCAUCAAUAGCAAUUAGGAACUAAUACAGUUUUAUGGUAUUGUAGUAAUAUUAGUAGUAUUCUAAUUUAUUCCAUAUUUCGUUUAAUUAUGUAAUUUGUAACUCAGUUUAUCUUUUUUUAAAAUAGCUUUUUAAUUAUUUCCAUGAAGCUUCAGCUUAGUGGGGCAGCUGCUUAACUGGGCCAAAAUGUACUGGUCCUGAUGUCCCGCCAAUGAACUGGAAUCCACUGUAAUUGCAAAUGUUUCUGCAUUCACAUUCCUGGGUUUGCCAUUCAAUAAAUAAAGGAGAUACUGCCUCCUGUUAGCUGUUCAAUUG